AUGCACGGCCCGGCCCCGGAGCGGAGCUUUUUCGGAGGCCUUGGCAUGUGCUGGACCGACGUCACCGGGGCGCGAAGUCCGCUGCGGGCACCCAAACGCCCCCGGAGUGCUCAUUUUGCUUUGUCUGCGAAGAUUCUUGGUCCAUCUUACCACCAUAUCCCAAAGGUCACCAGCCUCCUUCAAGCCCGUCGUACAUUCUUACCGCUGGAUUAUGUCCUCAAGCUCACAGGGAGGCCGCCGCGAGGGCGGCACUUUUGCCGGAAUGGUGAAAAAGCCAUUCAAAAGACAAAACUCCGCCCAAAGCGCAUCCUCGGGCCGCAGUGGCGGCUUGAAAUUGAGCAGGUUCAGGAGGACUCGAAGCGCUAUUCCAGUUCGUCUUCCGAGAAUGAGAGCAUCGCAUCUUCUGCAACCGAGACCGGUCCCAACACUCCUGCGGCUCUCCAAGAGGUUUAUGAAGCUGCGUUGGGUGGCCAUUCUGACCACGACGGCCUAAUUCACCAACCAGAUUCUGCGUUCUCUGAGCAGGAAUUGAAAGAUAUCUUUUCCGGGGCGCCUCAUUUUCUCUUGGAAAAGGGUAGGAAUUCACUGUGGUAUCCGCACAUUCUCUUCCCCUGGGAUGACAACACCUCGAUCCAGAACUUACGAGAUCGAAAGCCACUGCAUCAUGCUUCCCACUCGCUUUCAACUCUACAUGCUCACCUGCCUGUGUGUCAUGAGCAAAGUGGUCAAAACACUCUAAAAUAUUGGACUCAAAAGGCGGAAAAUAGACGGCCUACUUUCGAUCUAGGCGUGUUUGAAGUCCCGAAUAUGCUCUCCGCUCGAGCAAAGGAGCCUGGAUGCGUUGGAUUUCGCAACUACUUAGAGCUCCCGGUCGCGCAUGCGUUCAGGUACAUAGCCCAUACGCAUGCUGAUCACCACCAUAAAGAUAUAUUUCCUGGAACCCUUUCCGGGCGUCCAAACGAUCCCUAUUCAUACUGUCGACCAAGAAUUAUGGUUGAUCGCGGAGAUUUGCUCAGGGAGGGACCUACCGCAUGGCGUCGCCUGGGAGUCCGCUACUGCUCCGUCAAAGCUAUUACGGAGCGGAUGGAAAGACUUUGUAGCGUGCGUGAAGAUGUUAUGUGCAGAUGCCAACGCUCAACCAUACUCGAUACAGAAAGCAUUUGCCAACUAAACGAUGAAUUAUUCUCAAGGUUCCUAUACCCUUUACCGAAAGAGCUAAGGGACUUUGUGCCAGCCGAGCCGGGGAGCUUGAAAUAUCAAAUUGUAGUGUUGAUGCAGGUCCUAGGCGUCAAAGGCGCAUGGAUAGAUUUCAGCCUUGUGGAAUGGCGGAUCCGUGCAGGGCAGAUUCUCUGGGAAGCGCCUCCUCAUCAAGAUGGUGACUGCAUAAACUGCACUGACGAAGCGAAUUGUGGCAUUGAGCGGAAGUGGCUUCUCCUGCAAUUCGUAUUGACAGCAGAAUUGGUCCUUCGUGUCGAUGCGGCAGUCAAACUCGGCAUUAUCGCCAAGUCACAAAACGUACUAAUCACUCCGCACGACAUAUAUCAAAUGAACGAGCUGAGGACUCAUCAGAUCGACUGGGGGAUAAUCACCGGCCGACGAGCUGCUGAAAACCUGAUGUUCCAGUACAGCCCGUUCGAGAACGAUGAGGAUCAAGCACCACCCCUGACCAAGUCCAAAACUACUUGGAUCAAGGAGAAAUUUUCUCGCUCAAAACAAAAGGUUCCUCAAAUGGAAGACUGUGCUUGGUAUGGUCGACUCAUUCCCCGUUUCCCCUUGCGUCAGCUUGAAGGGUUAUUUGUUUUUGCAGAAGCGUUGGAGUGGCCAGGCCUGGAUGGAAUAAAAGAAAACUUGAGAUUCAAAUUCUCAGCAGCUUUGAAAGACCGGCAGUCUAUGAUAGCGGCGUUUGAUUCCCCCUUGAGAACCAAAGCAGCGGCAUGCUCUCAACAUCGACUGGAACGUCAGGACAUGUAUCGGAAAAGCGUAACCGCAAGGCUCAUUCACUUACAGGUCCCACCAGAUGAAGUGGAAAAGGACAAAUUGUACCUCGGGGGGUGGCCAUCUCGAUCUUGGUUCUCUGGUUUCGUUAUACCAGGUGAAUCGACGAAUGAUCUUCUGAUAUCGACUCUCUUGGAAAACGAUCCACAGGCUUUGAAAACACUGGGGCCGAUUGCAAAUCUAUAUGGAGGGUUUAUAUAUCAAAACCGGAGUUACUGGAGUAAGGUAUGCAUCGUGGGUCGUGUCCUGUGCACUUUCUUCCCGCGUUCAAUCUGCAUGGGGUGGGCGGGCUGUAAUAUCUUGCCUCGAUGUGAUGAUGGGGAGAGGAUCCAGGAUAGCUGGGUCGAGGUCAGUGUGAAAGACAACCACGCCCCUCGUGGAGAAGCGCGUAUUUAUCAAGGCAGCAAAGUACUAUUGGAGUCAUCCCCACUCGGAGCGGAAGGCGAUCUCACACCGAGAGCAUUCUCGCUGCCAAUGGAUAAAACAGAUACAGAGUGUCUAGCCACCACGAUUCAAUUCGAACAACUCACAUUGUCCGUCCAUAAUCGGGAGGAGCAAGAGUCAAAAGCUGACACACUGCAGAAAGCGUUGGCCCUCGUGAGUUUUGCAGUAUCUCAGCAGUCUUCUAGGUCGGAAACGGUCACGUUUCCCUUGACCUUCAAUGUUCAAUUCAUCUCUUCUUAUACUUGUUUGCCUCCACUGGGAUACAUCGCACACCUCUGCAGUCAUCAGUCAGAUGCCCAAGCCGAGCCAAGCUAUCAUCGACAUGUGCAUCCAAAUGUUCCUCUCGAUGAGGAGGCCGACGGAGAUCUUGGCGAAACAGAAAUGCUGGCACGAAAGCUGAGGCCUGGGGGGCAACCCCGGCUUCCCGGCCAUCCACUGCACGUCGUCUCGUAUCCGUACAGUUAUAUUCCGAUUGCAGCACUAGCAAAGAUGCUUGUCGUGCGGCAGGUCCGGCCUCGUAUCAGUUUCAUGAUGUACCCCGACGAGUUCCUCAGCUUUGUUGACCCGGGCAGGCGGUGGCACCGCCCACGGCGACGACAGACAUACAUCGUCGAUGCACGAGGAAGCUCAGAUAAAGAGGCAUAUGCGCGAGCAUGGUGCUCUGCCGUAGGAACCGAUGCAGUCGUAGCAAGAGUUGGGCGUACGUGUCUCGCCUGCUCCAUUCGUGAAGCAAGAGCCGCGAACGUGCCAGUCGUCCGCGUUGGUGCGUUGGCUUGCGAAGGAGGGAUCAAAGACGCUCGCUGA